UGCGGGAGUCGGCGAACAGGAAGUUCCGGGCAGGCGUCAGCCAUAAUGAAAGCGCCAGAACUGUUCUCUGAAGACGAUAGCUUUUAUGUCCGUUUCAAAUGUAUUACUAAAAGACCGACUCAGAUUAAGUCUGAGGCCGGUAACAUCAACAGUGAAGACAAACCAAUCCUGUCACUCUCCUUCCACACUGAGUCCAAACCUACAGUCACUGGGUCCUGAUUGUGACAGUGGAGCCCAGUUUGCACUGCAGGAUCCAGAGAUGGCAUCAGUGAAGCUGGAAGACUGCAGUCAAACACUGGAGCUGAAUGUCAACAUUAAAGAUGAAGAAGAGGAGGAGAAGAUUAGGACAUCUGUUAGUCAUGGAGAACAUGUUGAGACAUUCUCUACAUCCAGAGAGACACAGCAGGAAGAUCACAGAGCCAAGAUUUCUCAUCACUGCCCACAUUGUGAGGAGAAUUUCCCAAUUAUUACAAAACUAAAAUUACACCUAAAAAUACACACAGGAGAGAAUCUGUAUUCCUGUACUGACUGUGGAAAGAGAUUCACAACAUCAAGGGCUCUGACACUUCAUCAGAGAGUGCACACUGGAGAGAAGCCUUACUACUGCUCGUACUGUGGGGAGAGUUACUCUCAACAGAGCAACUUCAAAAAACACCAACGUCUACACACAGGAGAGAAGCCUUACUCCUGCUGUGACUGUGGAAAAUGCUUUACAACAUCAUCUGAGCUAACAGUUCAUCAGAGAACACACACGGGAGAAAAGCCUUACAUCUGCUCUGACUGUGGGAAGAGUUUCUCCCACCUGUGUAACUUUAAAGCACACCAACGUAUACAUGCAGGAGAGAAGCCGUUCUCCUGCUCUGACUGUGGGAAGAGUUUCUCUCAACAGAACCAUUUAAAGUCACACCAACGUAUACACACAGGAGAGAAGCCUUACUUCUGCUCUGACUGUAGGAAGAGUUUUCCCACCUGUGUAACUAUAAAGCACACCAACAUCCAACCUUGA